UCCAAUCCAUUCAUGCCCAUUUCCACCGACGCUUUUGGAUUGAGUUUGAGUUUGAGUUGAGCUGAGCUGAGCUGAGUUCAGAGCUAACAACCACCUCUUUCUCUCUCUAAUGGCGUCCUCUACCGGAAGAUACAUGGCCUAUUCGCCGUCGCCGUCGUCACCUCACAUCUCUGCUCUCCGCUCCGCCUCCACCUCUGCUGCACUCCUCGUCGACCAAGAAAAAUAUCUAUCUGAGCUGCUUGCGGAGCGUCUCAAGCUCAGUCCAUUUGUGGCUGUGCUUCCAUAUUGCUACAGGUUAUUAAACCAGGAAAUAUUGCGUGUAACCACACUGUUGGGGAAUGCAUCAGUUUUAGGUCAAAGUGGGCUUGAACAUGCUAGCCCCCUGGCUUCUGGAGGAAUGUAUUCAAAUGGAGGUGCUGAUGUGAGCGGAUGGGCAUCACGGUUCCAAUCAGAAAUGUCGAGUUUAUUACAGCCCGCAUCAUCACCAAACUGGCUGAGUUCUCAAAGUAGCUCAUCGGGUCUAAUUGUUAAGCGAACAAUCAGAGUGGACAUUCCGGUUGAAAAUUACCCCAAUUACAACUUUGUUGGCCGCCUCCUAGGUCCUAGAGGGAACUCUCUCAAGCGAGUGGAAGCAACUACAGAGUGUCGUGUUCUUAUCAGAGGUCAUGGUAGCAUAAAGGAUCCAACUCGGGAAGAAAUGAUGAGAGGGAAACCAGGGUAUGAACAUCUGAAUGAGCCUCUACAUAUUCUAGUUGAGGCAGAGUUACCGGUCGAAAUCAUUGAUGCUCGUCUAAUGCAAGCACGUGAGAUACUCGAAGAUCUACUCAGGCCAAUGGACGAAUCCCAGGAUUUCUACAAGAAACAGCAGCUGAGGGAGUUGGCCAUGCUAAACGGUACUCUUCGCGAGGAGGGUUCUCCCAUGUCUGGCUUGGUCUCCCCAUUCCACAACAACAGCCUCGGCAUGAAGAGGGCCAAAACCAGGGGGUAAUGUGUGCUAUAACCGGAGGGCUCUUGGAGCUCGUGUGUGAAACUUGAGCGAGUAAAACAAACAAACAAACAAACAGCGGUUUCCCGUGCCACCACAGGUAUUGCUGUAUCAUCAUCGGACAGUGCCUCCAACUACCAUCGGAGGGGGGCACCGGCACUGGCACUAACCAUGUGCCAGUUGUUCUAACUUGUUUCUAUAUAUGGUGUGUGUUGUUUAUUCUAGUUGGAGGAGGUUUAAUGAUCGUAAUGAGAGAGUUAGUAAAGAAAACGUUUUGAGUUUGGAGGAUUUGCUUUUGUUAUGUCAUCGUCUCAUAAUUUAGGCUGUUUGGUCUGAGCAGUCUCUCCAAGACUGCAUAUAUAUAUAAUUAUAUUAUUAUUAUUAUCAUUAGGCUUUAUUGGUAUAAUAUAUAUAUAUAUAUAUUUGUGGUUGGUUUCAGUGAUUUUGCUUGUAUACCAAAGUUUACAAAAAGCCAAACAAUGCUCAUUUUCUUCUUCUUCCUUCCUACCCUUAUGGAUGAUAUGUUCUCUGUGUACUAUUCAAGUGUAGAUUAUAUAGAACAACAAUUGGUCAACGCCAUUCUUUAUAUUAUCUUCUA